AUGCAACUGACAGUGGUCACUGUUUACUUGCUGCUAGCAAGUGCAGACACUACUUUUAGAAUCAAGGCUGAUAUAUUCUUGCCGUGCAAUAGACCACCUGAACCCAACGGAGCCAGCGGUAGCAGCAAUCCUGACAGAAACAAUCGGAUAAGACAGGAGCAGAAUGAGAGACUGUUGGAGUCUGGAAAUGAUUCACUAACAGAUGCUCUACACUCCAAAGUAUCUAAAAUCAAAAAUAUAUCUAUUAGAAUGCAGGACGAUGUUGAUUUACAAAACAGAGAUUUGGACGAUAUGAGCACAUCGUUUGACUCUGUUGGUAACCAGAUGAAACGCACAGUGAACAAGCUAAAAGUAGUCAUAUCACAACCACAUUUCCGACAGACAAUGAUGAUAGCGUUUGGAAUAGUGUUUCUAUUUCUAACAUUCAUCUUUUGGAGUAGAGGUGGUAGAUUCACUCGACCACCGUCUUGA